UUACCUCCCCUAGCUGCUAUGUAGCAUCAAUCGCUUCUGCUUCUGCUUGUGGUUCCAUUCUAAAAACAAAAACAAAACCCCCAAAUCGCAAUGCUGUGAAUCAAAUGUCAAACGAGACAUUAUUUACUGAGGAUACGAUAUGCACUAUUCACCACAUCGUUCUUGCAUAAAUUAAGUAUUCAGAUAUAAAAAAAACAAGUUGUUGUGGUAUAUAUAAACACGUUAUACUUUCCAAUAUUGCGCAAUGUUUACUUGGUGAUCAGCUGGAGAUGUGACAACACCGAUCAGUGAAUAGUAAAUAAGAACUGAAUUUUAACGUAUGUCAUAUGCUUCAGAAUCUCCCUCAACUUCAGGAUGUACACAGGAACAGCAGAAACAAAAACAAACAAAUUGGUCACUGUGGGUUUAUACACUUAACUCCAGAAUAAUGAAUAAUUUGAUUGAGGAAAACUAAAGGAUAUACACAGAUGACACAAGACUAGACAGCAGGGGCAAGAAAAAAAACAGAAGGGAACAAAAACUGCUGAAAUUUUUUCUGUUCCAACACAACAAAACUAUUUCACCAUGGUUUUCGAAAUGAAUUCUUGUUGAUUCGGAACUAAUUUUUUUCUGGACAUAUACCAAUAUUGAACACAGGAAAGUUGACAAAAACAGCCAAGAUGGAGUUUAUUACAAUGGAUAAUUUCCAGUUCAUGGAACAGUAUAUUGGAGAUGUACGUGAACAUAAGAAAUCUAUCGACAUAGGGGAAUGUCCGCUGUGUAUUAGCUGUGCAAUGUUAAAUACAGAUGACGUACAAGAAAUUCUUCAAGAUGAAAAUGCUGAAAACAACCAAAGUACUUUGGAUGGCAAAACGCCUUUGCAUUUGGUCUGCAUUCCAAAGGAGAAUUCUAAGAGUUUUACAAUCAUCAAAUUACUGCUUGAAAAAGGUUUUGAUGUUAAUGCAAGGGAUGAUAAAGAUAGAACUCCUAUAUAUUUUGCAUGCAUGAACCUUAAUACUCAGCUCGUCAAAAUCCUCAUUGCAGCUGGGAGUCUAGUAAAUACUACCAUUUCAAGUGGACUCACACCUUUAAAGCUAGUCUGCAAGGCUGCUGAAAACACACUAAACUUAAAUAUUGUUCCAGCUUUAAACAUUGCCAAUUUGCUCUUAAGAGCCGGUGCUCAGAGGGAUGACACUUGUUUGCCAGUUGCAAUCCAAUAUGGACAGUACAGCCAUGUAAAAGAACUUCUAGAUUCUGGAAUGGAUGUUAACAUGUUGGAUGAGAGUGGACGUAGUCCUCUUGGGACUGCAUGCUCUAUACAUACAGUCAGUGCUGAUGUUGUGAAACUUUUACUUUCUUACGGAGCUAAUGUAAACAUAGGGGGCGCUUGGACAAAACAAAAACCACUCAUAUUUGCUUAUGCUCACAAUUCCUUUAGCAAAAUCAAAAUUCUUCUGUCCUAUGGAGCUUAUAUCACUUCUGAAGAAAUGACAGCUCUUGUGUCAAUGAGUGUUUCAAAAUCAAUUCUUGAAAACCCAGAGAUUGUUACUUUCCACAGCAAAGAGCUGCUUUCAUGUCGAAUACUGCUAGCUGCUGGCUUCACACCAAUUGUCCAUGGCGUAUUAGGAAUUAGCCAUGAUUUAACGACAAAGAUAAAUCAGCAACAAAAUCUUCCCCCACUACUACUUUUGAAUUUCCUUGCUGAUUCAAAUCAGCUAACUCAAGACUGCAAUGGAAAUAGCUACAUCUUCUUCAUGUACAAAUGUGCAGUAGUUACCAGCAUGUUGCACCUUGGUUUAAACUGCUUAUCUACCCACAACGCUCUUUAAUGGACUGGUGCCGAAUAAGCAUUCGCAGGAACUUACGUAAUUGUGUAGAUGACAGCAUUGAAGAGUUGGAAAUUCCUUUGGAACUUAAACAUUUCCUAUCAUUAAAAGAAUUCACAUGAUGCUAAACCCAGACCUCUUUUAAUAUUUCAUUUUAUAUUCUACCUUUUGCAGUUGGUACCAUCAAUGCGAAGGACUAUCAUUGCAUUUGUCAAUUCAAUUUCUCUGAAGAACUGGAUGCCUAAAUACAACAGCCAUCCUUGCUGCUACCCCAAAUUCUUUCUUAAUAAUACCCGAAAAGCAAAUUAUAGUGCAAAACUGUAAAACUCACAGUAUGUGUUUGUUUGUGUGUGAGUAUAUAUAUAUAUAUAUAUAUAUAUAUAUAUAUAUAUAUGCAUAUAUAUAUACAGUAGCUGUUUAUUUAUUUUGUGAUACUGAACCAAAAAGAGCUCAUGAUAAUCUUUUGUUAGAAGUGUGUGUGUGUGUUGAGUCUGAUACUCAUUGAUAUAACAGGAUUACAUAUACACCCUAUGCCCAAACGUAAAGAUUUCAUGCAAUCAACCAAUCAACUAUAUUGCAUGCUUGACUGUAUUCAUCAAUGCACUGUGAAAUAAGUACAUAUAUAUGUAUAUAUCUGUAAAAUAAUAUGUGACAAUUAUUCGGACAAUUAUUCGGCAUCCGAAACUCAGAGUUUUAUCUUGGCUACUGAAUAAU